AUGUCUGCAGCCACGAGAAGCACUCUGGCCAAGGUGCGGCGCAUGGUGCCCCCGAUGCUGGACAAGUUUCACAAGGGACAGCUUGGGCGCGUGGCAGUCAUUGGGGGCAGCGAGGACUACACGGGCGCGCCGUACUUUUCAGCCAUGGCCAGCGCGAGGCUGGGUUGCGACAUGUCUCACGUUAUUUGCACACCCGGCGCUGCGGCAGUCAUAAAGACGUACUCGCCCAACCUCAUGGUCCACCCGCUCAUGCGGCAGUCUCCUCCCGAGAGUAGCCAGCAGCAGCAGCAGCGCGGCUCGGACUCGGACGCGGAGCACGUUGCCGCGCGCAUCGUCGAGAUGCUCCCGCGGCUGCACGUCCUCGUCGUCGGGCCCGGGCUGGGCCGCGACCCUCUCAUGCAGGCGACGGUCGCGCGCGUUGUCCGUGCGGCCCGCGAACGGGAGAUGCCCGUUGUCCUAGACGCCGACGCUCUGCAGCUCGUGCAGCAGGACCCGGGCCUCGUCAAGGGAUACGCCGGCGCGGUGCUGACGCCCAAUGUGGUCGAGUUCAAGCGUCUGUGGGAGUCCCUAGGCCUCGACGAUCCGGGCGAAGGCGCCGGCGAGACGGGCAAGGUCGAGGCCCUGGCCAAGGCGCUGGGAGGCGUCACCGUGAUACAGAAAGGCGGCAGCGACUUCAUCUCCAAUGGGAAGACAACACUGACGGACGAUCUGACGGGCGGCAAAAAGAGGAGCGGCGGCCAAGGUGACACGCUCACCGGCUCGGUGGCGACGUUCCUCGCCUGGAGGAAGGCCUACAUGGACAGGCUCUGGGAUGUGGGCGACAAGCCACUCUCGGCGGACGAGAUGAUGGGACUGGCGGCUUUUGGAGGAAGCGCCGUCACGAGAGAGUGUUCGCGACUAGCGUUCCUGAAAAAGGGCCGAAGCCUUCAAGCGAGUGACCUGACGGACGAGAUUCACAACGCCUUCAUGGGGCUGUUUGGGGAGGUAGACGGUGGGGAGUCAGACUCUAAGUUAUAG